AAGACGUUAGUAUUUCGAAGUGAAUUGCCACGGACGGAGCUAUGCGAGUUUGUUCUUCGUUAUGUUUGGGGUUUCUAACCAACAAGAUGAUCGAAUGUUCUUCGAAAGAAUUGAACUUAGGUGCAACGUUGCAAGGUGGCCAAAGUUUCAGAUGGUUGCCAUAUAAAACUGGAUAUCGAGGCGUUUUUAACAGUUCGGUUUGGACAUUAAUUCAGAAUGAAACCAGUAUAAGAUAUACGGUUGAAGGAUCACUAUCGGAUAAUCAAAAUUAUGAUGAAAUUUUGAGACAAUACUUCAGAUUGGAUAUAUCAUUAUUAGAUCAUUGUAAAAAAUGGAUUGAAGUAGAUAAAAAUUUUCAGAAAUCGUACGAAAAAGUAGACGGCAUUAGAAUCUUGAAUCAAGACAUAUUAGAAAAUCUAUUUUCCUGUAUCUGCACUUCUAACAACAAUAUUCAGAGGAUAUCUGGGAUGGUUGAAAAAUUAUGUAUUCUAUUUGGUAAGAAAAUAUGUUCCAUUGAUGGGAAUGAUUAUUUUGAUUUUCCAACAUUGGAAUUAUUACAAGGACAAAAUGUAGAGUCUAUCUUAAGGAAGGAAGGAUUUGGAUAUCGUGCAGCGUACAUAGCAAAUACUGCAAAAAAAUUGCAGGAACUUGGGGGAAGAAAAUGGCUUAUGAGUCUUCAUAAAUGUAAUAAUGCUUCUUAUUUCGAGGCUAAAGAACAAUUGCUUACUCUUCCUGGAGUUGGUCCAAAAGUUGCAGAUUGUAUUUGUUUGAUGUCUUUGGGACACUUAGAAGCCAUACCAAUAGAUACACAUAUAUUUCAAGUUGUACGAGCGUAUUAUUUACCGCAUUUAGGAAAACAAAAAACAGUAACUCCAAAAAUUCACGAAGAAAUUAGUACACAUUUACGUGAAUUGUGGGGACCCUUGGCUGGUUGGGCUCAAGCUAUUUUAUUUUGUGCAAAAAUCGCUGAUAACGCAAAGAAUACUUUAAAUAGAAAACGAAGUAAUACAAAGACUAAAUUAGAACCAGAAAAGAAAAUUCAGAGGAUACAGUAAGUUGUUAUUAUUAUUCUUACAAUAAAAUUGUCACAUGUAUAUCAUUUUACAAAAGAUCUGCAUUUUCUAUCAAUAUAUUGGCAAUUUUUAAUUAGACAUUUAAGUACAAUUAAAUACAUAUAAAAGAUAAAUAUGAAGUUUGUUCAGUAUUAUAGAGUUUAUAUAUAUAGUAUGCACAUAUAAUGGUGCUCAUUAUUUUAAAUAUGUAUUUUGUAAUAUUAUUAAAGUUUAAUGUAGUUUAUAUAUAUAUAUAUAUAAAUAUCGAAUACACCUG